CGGGGGGAGAUUCGCUCGCGGUGGGGGAGGCGCUGAUAGGACUAUGCCGAGCAGGGCCCUGCCCGCGCCAAACGCUGCCUGAGCCCGUGUCCUGCCUGGACAGUAGCAGUGGGGCCGCCCCCGACAUGGCCGAGCCCUCGGUCCCUUCCUCCGGCGGCGGCUCCCUGCCGCUCAUUGAAUCAGAGCUCUACUUCCUCGUCGCCCGCUUCCUGACCACCGGGCCCUGCCACAGAGCGGCGGAGGUGCUGGUGCAGGAGCUGGAGCAGCACCAGUUGCUUCCUAAAAGGUUGGAUUGGGAAGGAAAUGAGCAUUAUAGAAGUUAUGAAGAUUUGGUCUUAUCCAACAAACAUGUGGCUCCAGAUCAUUUGUUGCAAAUUUGCAAGCGUAUUGGCCCUAUACUGGAUAAAGAGAUUCCACCCAGCAUUUCAAGAGUGAAUUCCUUACUUGGUGCAGGGAGGCAGUCAUUGCUACGUACAGCAAAAGAUUGCAGGAACACUGUUUGGAAGGGCUCUGCUUUAGCUGCUCUUCGUAGAGGAAGACCUCCUGAAAUUCCUGUAAACUAUGGUCCUUCACCAAACCUUGUGGAAGUAAAUCGUGCAAAACAAUUAACUGGGUGUGCAACAUACAGAACAUCAUUUCCAGGAAGUAUGUAUCAGCACAUAAGGAUGCAUAGGCGGAUUCUUGGCCAUCUCUCUGCAGUCUACUGUGUUGCAUUUGAUAGGACUGGACACAGAAUAUUUACUGGUUCAGAUGAUUGCUUGGUGAAAAUUUGGUCAACUCACAAUGGCCGGUUGCUCGCCACACUACGAGGUCAUUCAGCCGAGAUUUCUGAUAUGGCUGUGAAUUAUGAAAACACUAUGAUUGCAGCUGGAAGCUGUGAUAAAAUGAUCAGGGUAUGGUGUCUGAGAACUUGUGCACCAGUUGCUGUGCUCCAGGGACACACGGGAUCCAUUACAUCUUUACAGUUUAGUCCAAUGGUCAAAGGCUCCAUGCGCUACAUGGUCUCUACUGGUGCAGAUGGAACAGUUUGCUUUUGGCAAUGGGAUGCAGAUUCCAUGAAAUUCAGUAAUCGGCCAGUGAAGUUUACAGAGAAAUCCAGGCCUGGAGUUCAGAUGCUUUGUUCUUCUUUUAGCGUUGGUGGUACGUUUCUAGCAACAGGCAGUACAGAUCAUGUUAUCAGGAUGUAUUUUUUUGGCUCUGAAACACCUGAAAAAAUAGCUGAACUGGAAAGCCAUGCUGACAAAGUUGACAGCAUUCAGUUUUCGAACGGUGGUGAUAGGUUUAUAAGUGGCAGCAGAGAUGGAACAGCCUAUAUCUGGCAUUUCCAGCAAACAGAAUGGAGGAGCAUCUUGUUAGAUAUGGCUGAUCGGUUACCCGGUGACUCUCAUUCAGAAGAAGACAGAUUUAUGAAGCCAAAAGUAACAAUGAUAGCUUGGAAUCAAAAUGAUAAUUUUGUUGUUACUGCUGUGAAUAAUCAUCUGCUGAAAGUUUGGAAUUCUUAUACUGGGCAAUUACUUCAUGAUAUGGUGGGACAUACGGAUGAAGUAUUUGUGUUGGAGACUCACCCUUUUGAUUCAAGGAUUAUGUUAUCUGCAGGCCAUGAUGGCAAUAUCUUUAUAUGGGAUAUUACAAAGGGCAACAAAACUAAGCAUUAUUUUAACAUGAUUGAAGGACAAGGACAUGGUGCUGUUUUUGACUGCAAGUUUUCAUCAGAUGGACAACAUUUUGCCUGUACAGAUUCUCAUGGGCAUCUGUUGAUAUUUGGUUUUGGGUGUAACAAGCCUUAUGAAAAGAUUCCUGAUCAGAUGUUCUUCCACACUGACUACCGACCAUUGAUUCGAGACGCUAACAAUUAUGUCCUAGAUGAGCAGACACAACAGGCUCCUCAUCUCAUGCCACCUCCGUUCUUAGUAGAUGUGGAUGGAAACCCUCAUCCAACAAAAUACCAGAGAUUAGUACCAGGAAGAGAGAACUGUGCAGACGAACAUUUGAUUCCUCAACUGGGAUAUAUAGCAACAAGUGAUGGAGAGGUUGUUGAGCAAGUGAUAGGCCAGCAAACUGUUGACCAGGAUGAACAAAAUCUGGAACCCAACAUUCUUGAUGGCAUGAUAAGACAAUUACAGCUACAGCAAGACCAAAGAACUGGAUCAGAUCAAGAAGUUGUUCCAAAUGGACUACAGAAUGGGGAAGGAACGCCUAGCAGAGGUUUUAGAAGGCCAAGUUUAGACAUCCAGUCCCCCCCCAAUAUUGGUCUGCGUCGCAGUGGGCAAGUGGAAGGUGUACGUCAAAUGCAUCAGAAUGCUCCACGAAGUCAAAUUGCCACAGAGCGAGACCUUCAAGCUUGGAAACGAAGAGUAGUUGUACCAGAAAUACCACUGCAUUUAUUCAGAAAACAAGAGGAGUACCGGAUUGCAAAAGGAGAGGAAGAGAGAGAGCUCUAUGCAACAGAGAGGAAAAGGAAGACAUUCCAGUUCUCAGAAAAGAGUGACUCUGAAGCUUCACUGAUACAAUCCAAGCGUAGACUACAUAGGCGUAAAUAUCCAAGUUAUCGAACACGGAAUAACACACAACAACUUGAUUCAUCUGAUGAGGAAAGGGAUGACUGUUUUGGCUUUAUAAACCAGGAGGCAGAAGAAAGUGAAGGCUCAGGUUCCUCUGAUGAGGAGGAAGAAUGGAAAAGUGACAAGAAAAGCAACAGUAACAGUUCUAGUGACUCUUCAAGUAGAUAUUCUGACUGGAUAGCUGAUGCAGGGAUAAAUCUCAAGCCUCCUGUACGAACAUCUCGACGCAAAGCUAUCAGAUAUUGUAGUACUUCAGAAGAUGAAGUAUCAGCAGAGAAAUCUUUUCCUCCAAAGAGAAGAAGAAAAAGAAGGAAAAAACCCAAACCAAAAAAGCAGGAAGAGAAUGUGCAGAAUAGUACUCCCACGCAACCAGUAAACGAAGAUGUGUUUUAUGACUACCAUCCUCCUGUUUGGAUAACUGACACAGCACUUCGAAAAUCUCCUUUUGUUCCCCAAAUGGGAGAUGAGGUAAUAUAUUUUCGACAGGGUCAUGAAGCUUAUAUUGAAGCAGUCAGAAAAAAUAAUAUUUAUGAACUAAAUCCCCACAAGGAGCCAUGGAGAAAAAUGGUCCUUAGGGAUCAAGAACUGGUAAAAAUUGUUGGGAUACGAUAUGAAGUUGGUCCUCCUACACUUUGUUGCCUGAAGCUUGCUUUUAUAGACCAUGCCACUGGAAAACUUUCAGACAAAUCAUUUUCUCUCAAAUACCAUGAUAUGCCAGAUGUCAUUGACUUUCUUGUAUUGCGUCAGUUUUAUGAUGAAGCACGACAAAGGAAUUGGCAAGCUUCUGAUAGAUUCCGAUCCAUUAUUGAUGAUGCUUGGUGGUUUGGAACAGUGUUGGGUCAAGAGCCAUAUCAGCCACAGUAUCCAGAUAGUCACUUUCAGUGUUACAGUGUUAAAUGGGACAAUGGUGAAAUUGAAAAGCUUAGCCCAUGGGACAUGGAGCCAAUUCCUGAUAAUGUUGAUCAACCUGAGGAAUUAGGAGCUAGUGUUUCUGUAACUUAUGAAGAAAUGGAGAAGCUACUAUACAAACCACAAGAGGGAGAAUGGGGGAAAAGAUCUCGAGAUGAAGUAUGUGAACGGAUUAUCAGUGGCAUUGGUCAGCUUCUGAAUCUUGACAUUUCAGCAGCUUUUGCUGGUCCAGUUGAUCUGAGUACAUAUCCAAAGUACUGUACAGUGAUAGCUUACCCAACGGAUCUUUGCACUAUUCGGAUGAGACUAAUCAACCGGUUUUACAGGAGGAUCUCUGCACUGGUGUGGGAAGUCAGGUGUAUUGAAAGUAAUGCCAGCACCUUCAAUGAACCUCAGAGUGCUAUUGCUCGAUCUGCUAAGAAGAUCACUAAACAGCUGUUAAAGUUCAUUGAUGAUCCAGUGUGUACAAACAUAUUUGAGCUUAGUAAUACAACAGAAGAUGAGCAGGACUCUCUUGAUGCUGCUGAUCUGGAUGAUGAUAAAUGUCUUCCAAGAACUUUUUACAGAAGAGUAAAAAGACGGGUUAUGAAGAGACGAAACAAUGUGAAAAUUAACUAUGAUGAAAAUACCUGGAAGAAACAAUGUAUGGAACUGGUGAAUUUAAUUUUCCAGUGUGAAGAUUCUGAGCCUUUUAGACAACCUGUUGAUUUGGAUCAAUAUCCUGACUACAGACAUAUUAUAGACACUCCAAUGGACUUUGGUACAGUGAAGGAGACACUGGAAGCUGGAAAUUAUGACAACCCAAUGGAACUAUGCAAAGAUAUAAGACUAAUAUUUAGCAAUGCAAAAUCUUACACUCCAAGUAAAAGAUCAAAGAUUUAUAGUAUGACUUUGAGAUUAUCAGCGCUAUUUGAGGAAAAAAUGAGAAGAAUCGUUUCAGACUUUAAAACUGGCCAAAAACACAAUGAAAGACUGAGAAGAAGCCAGAGAUGUAAUAGGAGGUUGCAAAGUCAUAGCAUGGUACAGCACCCUAACAAAACACUCAGAAAUGUGAAGCAGAAACCCUUAAAAUCUCAAGCAAAAAUUGAAUCUGAGCAGGAAGAUUCUUCUACCCAACCUACCUCUAGCAGAGCAGGAUGUGUUACAAGCCAUAAAAUAAAUGCUAGCACCUAUUCCCACAGUUCUUCUGGCGAAUCUUCUGAUUCUGCUUGCAUAUCAUGGCGUGAAAGAAAUGGAAAAGCUAGAACUACACCCUUAACAAAUCAUACUGCGUUAUCAUCAGAAAGUGAAAUAGAAGGCUCUUCAGCUUCUUCCUCUGCCUCCUCAUCAGGAUCUUCCUCCUCUUCUUCAAGUAGCUCAGAGGAAAGUAAAGAAAGCUGUAUGGCUCUUGCAUCCCCAGUAUUACACAAUGGUAUAUCCGGAGCAAAGAACAGCAGCUUUAGGGUAACCAGAAAUAGAGCAGCUCAAAGAAAGCAAAUGGGAUCAGUUUCUCAGGAGAAUGGAAAUAUCAGAAAAACUGCCAGGAAAAGGCUAUAUAGAAGUGACUCUGAAAAUACUUCAGCAGUGGCUUGUGAAUUGUUGAGUAACAAAACUGGUAGACACAGGAAAAUUCCACGCAGAAGUGCUACUGUGGCUGCUAAUAAAUUAAGGCUGAUGAGUGAUGUGGAAGAAGAGAUCUCCAGUUCAGAAAGUGUUGGCAUUGCAAGCAAGAACAGAAAACUGCCCCACCGCAAUGCUUCUGCUGCAGCCAGAAAACUGUUACUGGAUGGCUCUGAUGAUGAUGAUGAGACAGGUUUAAAAUCUGAAAGUGAAAAAGAACUAAAAGAACAGUAUGCGAGGAAGAAAAAACUUUCUCAACCUGGUUCAUCUGCUAGAAGAAAAUAUAUUAGUGAAUCUGAAGAUGGAAAUUCAGAUUCUGAAACUGAUACAAAAAUGGCACAAAAAAAUAGGCAAAGCAAUAGCAAAAAACCACCACUGAGGACAGUCUGUGCUGCAUCUCCUAAAAUUAAAAAUUCCACAGUAGAAUUUUCAGAGGACAACUCCAAAAGUCAUAAGUCAGAGAAUGGGAGCAGUCAGAAAGUGUCCAGCCAGUCAACUUCUACACAUAAACAGCAUGCAGUGAGCAACGCUGAGAAUGACGAAGAUUCUGAGUCAGGCAGGUGGAAUGGUAGAAAAAUCAAGAAGGUGACAAGUCAAAAGUCUGCAGCUCCUUUCAAAAAAGCAAAAGUCUUGAGUGACUUAGAGGACACAGCAGAGUCUGAAACGGAAGUGAAGGAGAAUGGAAGAAGCUCUGUGUCAGAGAGCAUGGAAACUUCUGGGACUGCAGGGAGCUCAAAAUCUGGACUUGAUGCUAGUGUCAAUUGCUCUUCUAAUUUAGCAUCUGAAACUGAUACCAAUAAUAGUCAUUAUAGUGAUGCCGUAAACACAAAAAGGAGGAAAAGGGAAGUCACUAAAAAAGGGUUUUUCUCUCAAGAGAACGGACAUAGCGGAAGAGCUACCAGGAAAAGGUUAUAUGGGAGUGACUCAGAAUAUUCAAAGGGGGCUUACAAAAUAGUGAAUGACAAAGAUGAUGGUCGCAGAAGAAUUCCACGCAGAAGUGCUACUGUGGCUGCCAGUAAAUUAAGACUAAUGAGUGAUGUGGAGGAAGAGCUCUCCAGCUCAGAAAGUGUUGGCAUUGGAAGCAAGAACAGAAAACUGCCCCACCGCAGUGCCUCUGCUGCAGCCAGGAAAUUGUUAUUGGAUGGCUUUGAAGAUGACACAGGUUUAAAGUCUGAAAGUGAAAAAGAACUAAAAGAACAGUAUAUUAAGCGGAAAAUGCUUUCACAGGCUGGUUCAUCUGCUAGAAGAAAAUAUAUUAGUGAAUCUGAAGAUAAAAGUUCAGAUUCUGAAAUAGGUGCAAAAAUGGCACCAAAAAAUAGGCAAAGCAAUGGCCAUAAACAACCACACAGGACAGUCUGUGCUGCAUCUCCUAAAAUUAAAAAUCCCACGGUAGACUUCUCAGAGGAGGACUCCAAAAGCCAUAAGUCAGGGGAUGGGAGCAGUCAAAAGGUGUCUGACCAGUCAACUUCUGCACACACACAGCAUGCCGUGAACAACUCUGAGGAUGAGGCAGAUUCAUUAUCAGGCAGGUGGAAUGGUAGAAGAAUUAAGAUGACCAGUCAGAAGUCUGCAGCUCUUUUAAAGAAAGCAAAAGCCUUAAGUGAUUUGAAGAACAGAGCAGAGUCUGAAACCGAAGUGAGGGAGAAUGGAAGACGGUCUGUGUCAGAGAGAAUGGGACCUUCUCGAACUGCAGGGAGCUCAAAAUCUGGACCUGAUGCCAGUUUCAAUUGCUCUUCUAAUUUAGGAUUUGAUACUGAUUCCAAUAGCAGUAACUAUAGCAAUGCCACAAACACAAAAAAAAGAAAAAGGAAAGGAAAAACAAAAGUCAUUAGAAAAGAAUCAACCUCUGAGGAGAUUGGACAAAAUACAAAAGUGCUCAGGAGCAGGACAUAUAUGAAUAACUACAAAAAAUAUACACCGUUUUCUAGUGAGACAUUAAAUGCCAAAACUGUUACUGGAAAAAAAACUCCAUGCAGAAGUGCUACUUUGGCUGCUAAUAAAAUUAAGAUGAAUGAUGUAAAGGAAGAGCUCUCCAGCUCAGAAAGUGUGUGCAUUGAAACAAAGAACAGAAAACUGCCUCACCGGACUGUGUCUGCUGCAUCAAAGAAAAGGCUAAGGGACAUCUCUAAGGUAGAUGCCACUUUCAAGUCUGAAAGUGAAAAAGUAAAAGAGCAACAUACUAACGGGAAAACAUACUCUCAGCCUAAUUCAGCUGCUUCUAGAAGAAAAUAUAUUAGAGAGUCUGAAAGGGGAAAAUCUGAAUCUGAGAAAGAGACAAAGAUGACACAAAACAGGCAUAUUAAUAACCACAAGCAGCCACACAGAACUGUCCGUGCUGCGUCUCUUAAAAUGAAAAAUUCCCCAGUAGACUUUUCAGAGGAGGACUCCAAAAGCCGUAAGUCAGAGGAUGGGAGCAGUAAGAAAACUUCUGACCAGUCAACUUUUGUACACAAACAUCAUGCAGUGAGCAACUCUGAGGGUGAGGCAGGUUCUGAAUCAGGCAAGUGCAAAGGUAAAAAAACAAAGGAGGUGGCAAGUCAAAAGGUUGGGACAUCUUUCAGAAAAGCAAAAUUCUUGAGUGCCGUAAAGGAGACAGAGUCUGAAACAGGAGAGCAGGAAGAUGGAAGAAGUUCUUUGUGUCAGCAGACUGAUCCUUCUGGGACUGCAAAGAUUGGAAAAUCUGGACCUGGUGCCAGUUUAAAUUGCUCUUCCAAUGUAGAAUCUGAAACUGAUUCUAGUAACAGUAGCUAUAGGAAUGCAGCAAAAACAAAAAUGAGGAAAAGAAAAAGAAAAACUAAAGUAAUUAGAAAAGGUAAAAUUUCAAAUUCAAAUGUAUCUAAGCCAUCCAGAAGGCCCCAGCGAACAAAACGCCCUAAACUUAAUCAAGAAAAUGACUCUGACGAUGUGGACUACACCAAAUAUAAAAGAGCAAAUCGACGUUCUAAAAUAAGAACUAGAAAUGGGGGUAGAAGGACUGUGAGAUAUGAUGAUGAUGGUGGUGGUGAUGAUGAUAGAGGUCUAGAUUACAUAGAUUGUGGAACAUAACCUUAAGAGGAAAAGCCGGUUUGCUUUUUUUACGGUAAUAGUGCUAGGAUUCAUGAUGAAUGCUGGCUCUUCUAUGUCCUACAUUUCAGGGAAUAUAUUUAUAUUUUUCUAUGAAAAAGUUACUAAUGUCAGAUCAUGACUCUCCUUUUCAUAUUUUGACUUGCACUUGCCUGCCCAUGCAGCAGCAUUUAGCACAGAUGCCAAAAUGUGCCUCAUUAUAGGGGCAAAAUUUUGUCUUUACUGUAUUUUACUACAUAUAGCAAGAGUUUAAAAAAAGUUAAAUACAUGGCAACAGGUUAAUAGCAGUAUGUUGAAUAUUAUGGGUGCUGCAGUGUGCUACUACCUGGGCCUUACAAUAUAAAUGCGUUCAAAAACAGCUGAUUUAAACACCUUUUAAUGUUGUAUGAAAUCUCAUGUAACAGUAACAAACUUGCAAAUAUUACUGUACAUUAUGAAAAUAGUGGUGAAUGAUGACAUUACAAACAUCAGAAGUAAUAAAUGAUUAUUACAUUAAUAA